ACGACUGUUUUGAAAUUCGAAUCCUUUCUCUUCCGACUUGUGAUAUCACCUUACCUCCUCCUACAAUGGAGUUCCCGCCAAGACCGUUAAAUCCACGGAGGUUCCAGGCCUCUCGGGCGCAAUACACGACGGAGGAGAGUGCUGCAGCAGUGUCGGCGCCAGAUCUCCGGGAUAAGCUCGCGACGCUGGUCGAUCGCAACAAGAAAGUGAAAUUGGCGUACAAUCAACUCCAAUCGCAGAUCGCGUUCGGCCUCGUCGAAGCAGGGGAAGUUUUCGAGUCUUUGGCAAUCCCUUUGAUGAAGCUGGUUGGGCUGAAGACGUCGGAGAUGGAGAGUGAAGGGAGACUCUCCACCUUUAUUUUCAAUACUGGAAGAUAUCAUAUGGGUACUGCCCAAAAUGGAGCCCGGUCUGGUGAUCUGAACAAUCAAAUUCGCAGUUCAAAGGAAGAAAACUAUGCUGCUAAAGUCGAAUCAGCGGGAAAAGAGAUCCUGCACAAACAUAAGGGGCAACUGAGACAGUUAAUCCAUAUGCUGAGGCAAAUUGAAACACAAGUGAAUUCACAUCGGGAAGAGAUUCUGCAGAGGGUUGACGAUCGCAGAACCUUCUUCCAAGAUUUCAUCCAGAAAUCUCUUUAUUACCUAAGCUCGGUUCACAGCAAAAACCAUGACACUUUCCCUGUCACUGUGAAGCUCCUUCGUGUCCUAUUUAAUAACAUCAACGAGGUGCUUGGUUCAGUAGAUAGUGGUGUCAAUGAUCUUAUGCAGGCUUUAGCUAAGAAUAUGUGUCACCCGAUGACCAAGUACGUCGGUAACUUGGCAGCUGAAAUAAAGCUUGGCCCUUGUGUGGAACUGAUGGAUGUAGUGAAUGAGAUGGAAAGAGCAAACGCAGAUACAAGGAGAGAGCUGCAAGAUGCUAGAGAAAGGAUUAGACUUGCAGAAGAGACAAAGAUCGACGCUUUAUUAAAGCUGAAAAAAGCUGAAGAUCAUGUUCAGAGAAUGACAACAUCUGCCAAAUUUCUUCUACCCGCGAGUCAGAAGAAGAAACAAGCUGAACAUUCUAUUACCGGCAAGCGUAUUUGCACAGAGGGAAGCCGAGAACACGAAGAGAAACUACUGUGGGAACUGCUGAGCAAAAGGAGAAAGCAACAAGAACCAGAGAGUCCAAUGGGACCUAAAGAGCUUAUCAGACUAGCAGACACAAAGCAGAAGCCAUUGGUGUGUAAUCGCCGAAGUACAAGGUUAAAUUCUCAAACGGCGCUACCUGAUACUUUGAUCCCACUUGGUUUGUCACCUUCUGCUAGAACAGUAACUUGGAGGUAAGUAAAGUAAGCACAAGUCUCACGCAUUGCAUCAGAAUCUAUCCACAAUAUGCUUCUUUAUUACUUAGAAUCCUUAGAACUACUCUUUUUUUUUUUUAAUGUCAUUAGUUACACUUUGAUUAGCACUGGUAUUUCUUGAGAAGAUCAAGUUGUUGAUAAACCGUGAUGUGAAUUUCGCAGUGACCAAAAAUAUGUAUCAAAAGCUUAUAAACUUCAAAUCAUAAAAGUUUGGGACAAAAAAAGAAAUUAUUGAAAAAUUAGGGGACUAUGCACCCCAAUAUCCACGUUUUAUUAAAGUGGGCCUAAGUUUUUAAAUUGAAGGCCCAAUUUACCUUCCGACGUCGGUUAGGGUUCUUUAUUGAUGAUGAUAUCACCUGAAACACCUAGUCUCUCCCUCCGCCUCCGUCACAGAAUGCAGAACUAGGUGGUUCAUCGUGGUCGUCAUAUCCCUAAAUUCCUCGAUUACGAUAC